AGAACAUCCUCAGGAGUCCUGGUCACAGCCACUGAUACCUUCUUCCAGGAGCCGCCAGGGGCCUCCAUGGGCGCCUGAGGCCUGGGCGCCGGGGCGGCAGGCGAGAGUAUGGUGAGACACCAGCCGCUCCAGUACUAUGAGCCCCAGCUGUGCCUCUCCUGCCUCACGGGCAUCUACGGCUGCCGCUGGAAGCGCUACCAGCGGUCCCAUGAUGACACCACGCCGUGGGAACGCCUCUGGUUCCUGCUCCUCACCUUCACCUUCGGCCUCACACUCACCUGGCUGUACUUCUGGUGGGAGGCCCACAAUGACUACGAUGAAUUCAACUGGUACCUCUACAACCGCAUGGGCUACUGGAGCGACUGGUCAGUGCCCAUCCUCGUGACUACCGCUGCCGCCUUCACCUACAUCGCAGGCCUCCUGGUCCUGGCACUAUGUCACAUCGCUGUGGGGCAGCAGAUGAACCUCCAUUGGCUGCACAAGAUAGGGCUGGUGGUCAUCCUGGUGUCCACAGUGGUAGCCAUGUCAGCCGUGGCCCAGCUGUGGGAGGACGAAUGGGAGGUGCUGCUCAUCUCCCUGCAGGGCACAGCACCAUUCCUGCACGUCGGGGCCCUGGCCGCCGUCACCGCGCUCUCCUGGAUCGUGGCGGGACAGUUCGCCCGGGCAGAACGGACCUCCUCCCAGAUGGCCAUUCUCUGUACCUUCUUCGCCAUUGCGUUUGCCUUGUACCUGGCACCUCUCACCAUCUCCUCUCCCUGCAUCAUGGAGAAAAAGGACCUGGGCCCCAAGCCUGCCCUCAUCGGCCACCGCGGCGCCCCCAUGCUGGCCCCAGAGCACACGCUGAUGUCCUUCCGGAAAGCCCUGGAGCAGAAGCUGUAUGGGUUACAGGCUGACGUCACCAUCAGCCUGGAUGGCGUGCCCUUCCUCAUGCACGACAACACCCUACGUCGAACCACCAACGUGGAGCAGGAGUUCCCGGAGCUUGCCCACAGGCCCGCCUCCAUGCUCAACUGGACCAUCCUGCAGAGGCUCAACGCUGGCCAGUGGUUCCUGAAGACGGACCCCUUCUGGACGGCCAGCUCCCUCUCGCCCUCCGACCACAGGGAGGCACAGAACCAGUCCAUCUGCAGCUUGGCGGAGCUCCUGGAGCUGGCCAAGGGCAACGCCACUCUGCUGCUCAACCUGCAAGAACCGCCUCGCGAGCACCCCUACCGCAACAGUUUCCUCAAUGCCACGCUGGAUGCCCUGCUGCGCUCUGGCUUCCCCCAGCACCAGGUUAUGUGGCUGCCCAACUGGCAGAGGCCCUUCGUGCGCAAGGUGGCUCCUGGUUUCCAGCAGACAUCAGGCUCCAAGGAGGCGGCCGCCAGCCUGUGGAGAGGCCACAUCCAGAGGCUGAACCUGCGCUACACUCAGGUGUCCCGCCAGGAGCUCAGGGACUACGCGUCCUGGAACCUGAGUGUGAACCUCUACACGGUCAAUGCGCCCUGGCUCUUCUCCCUGCUGUGGUGCGCGGGGGUCCCCUCCGUCACGUCCGACAACUCCCACACCCUGUCCCAGGUGCCUUCCCCACUCUGGAUCAUGCCCCCCGAUGAGUACUGUCUCAUGUGGGUAACCGCGGACCUGAUCUCCUUCACGCUCAUCAUCGGCAUCUUCGUGCUUCAGAACUAUCACUUGAUCAGGUGGCGCCUGGGAGGCAUACGGAGCUACAACCCUGAGCAGAUCAUGCUGAGUGCUGCAGUGCAUCGGACCAGCCGGGACGUCAGCAUCAUGAAGGAGAAGCUCAUCUUCUCAGAGAUCAGCGACGGCAUGGAGGUCUCCGAUGAGCUCUCUGGGUGCUCAGACCACAGUUACGACACAUACACCACCAGUGCUUCCACCCCUGCGGAUCACCGAAGGAGUGGCAGCCACACCAAGACUCUCACGGACCGGAGUGGGCGUUAGCUGAAACCCUGUCUGUCCCAGCCUGAACCUAACGUGGAGAUCAGGGAACCCAUAAGAGCUGGCAGAAGCAUGUCUGCAUGGGGAGUGCCCUGGGAGCUGGCUCCACCGCCUCCUCAUUGGCUCCAGCCCUCUGUCAGCCAUGGCCUCCCCUGGGGGGGGCUCCCCUCUCUCCUGAGGCCCACUUGGGUCAGGACUCCAACCUCGCAGAUGCCCCUGCAGGCCUGGGGCUCCUUCUGGAAAGUUUGGGGCCUGGGGCCUGGCCCUCCCCUGGAGGCCUUCCCUUAUAUCCUGAUCUGGAAGAUUGCUGAGUCACUGGGCUAUGCCCUGGCCCCUGUGGCAGCUGAGAAUGUGGAUGUCCACAUGUCUAUGCUCAGAGGCAACUGACUUCUGCAUGUCUCCUGCCUUGAGGGCCUGGGCUAGGCCUCUGUCCCCAGCAGCUCUGUUCUUCAUGUCAGUCUCAAAAGCACAAGGAUUUUCAGCCCAGGAGGAAAGCCUGCUGCAGUGGUGGAGAAACUCCUCCCCAACCGGCCUCAUACCACCACUGGCCCUGCCCUGGGAGAAGGACCGAGCCAAGUCCCCAGGAGCAGCUAGAGAUGGCCAGAAGAGUAAGCUUAAGGCUACUUUUACAAACCCUGACCUAAGUUUCCAGCAGGUCUCUAGGGCAGAGAGGCACAGAGACCCAAGAGAUCCACAGACUGACACAACCUCAGGUUUCCGCAUCAGUGGCCACAGGGCAGUGGUCACGUGGGAAUAGUGUUCUAGGCAUGGCCAACGGUGGGCAUGUGCCCAAGGAGGUCUAUAGCAGAGCGAGCCUGAGGGCCUUGGCCAAUAUGAUUAAAGCUGCCAUCUUGA